AUGCCGGGAGAGCUGGAUCUCGGCAACCUGGGCGGGUACCAUGCUGCGUCGCCGCGCAGCGCCGAGCCCGCCGACAUGAAGUACCAGCACCACCUGCAGGCGGGCGGUUCGCCGUCGCCGGGCGCGCCCGUGCUCAACCCCUGGGCGUCGCUGCCGCCGGCCGACCCCUGGGCCGUGCACCAGCACCACGCGCACGCCCACCAGCCGGACGUGAAGCCGCCGCCCGCCCCGCACGACCACCGCCACCUGCAGCACAGCCACGGCUGGCACGCGCCCGUCGUCACCGCGCACUACGGCGCCGGCUCCCCCGUCGCCCUGCACGGCGGCUAUGCGGUGCCCAUGCACCAGCACCACAUGCUGCGCGACGUGCAGCCCUCUCCGCACCCGUUGCACCAUCACCACGGCCUCGAGCGAGAUCAGCCCGAGGAGGACACGCCCACCAGCGAUGACUUGGAGGCCUUCGCCAAACAGUUCAAGCAGAGGCGCAUCAAGCUCGGCUUCACACAGGCGGACGUCGGUCUCGCACUUGGCACCCUGUACGGAAAUGUGUUCUCGCAGACGACUAUCUGUCGAUUUGAGGCGCUCCAGCUCAGUUUCAAGAACAUGUGCAAACUGAAACCACUGCUACAGAAAUGGCUGGAAGAGGCCGACUCGACCACCGGCAGCCCCACCAGCAUCGACAAGAUCGCUGCGCAGGGCAGGAAGCGAAAGAAGCGCACCUCCAUCGAGGUGUCAGUAAAGGGGGCGCUCGAGCAGCACUUCCACAAGCAACCUAAGCCCUCCGCCCAGGAGAUCACCACGCUAGCGGACAGCCUGCAACUGGAGAAGGAAGUAGUGCGCGUGUGGUUUUGCAACCGGCGGCAGAAGGAGAAGCGGAUGACGCCGCCGAAUACGCUCGGCGGCGAGAUGCUGGACAGCAUGGGCCACGGCCACUACUCGCACGAGGUGCACGGCUCACCGCCGCUGCACGCGCACUCGCCGGCCCUGUCGCCGCCGCACGCCACCCACGCCGCCCACGGCGGCCACGGAGGCCACGGAGGCCACGGCGGCCACGGCGGCCACGGGGGCCACGGCGCGCACUCGGCCCACGCGCAGCACGCGGCGCACGGGCAGCACGGGUUGGCGCCGAGCGCGCACACGCUAGCGGCGCAC